AACAUGGUAAGUGCAUUAUUUUUGGAGAUCAUUUAAUGGCUUUGCAAGACUUAUACUUCUACAAGUUUCUUCCAAUCUUUGCUUAUAUGAUUAAUUUUUGAUGCCCACUUUCUCCAUUUUCAUACCUCCAUUUCUUUCUUCUUACCUUCAUCCAUCAUCAUUCAACUAAACAUCUUCCAAACAUGCUAACAUCAAAUUUGACUCCCACAAUUAAGUCAACGCUCACUGAUCCAUCCCCAAAUUGGAAGUUUCAUGGAGCUAGAAUACCCGACCCGGCAAGAUAUGCAAGGACUAAAAAAACCCAGAAAGGAAAUGGGUUGAAAGUGAGGGCUUUGAUCAGCAGUGGUGACAGAACAGUGGAAUCUGGUGCACCCUCGGCUAUGGAGGUAAAAGAUGGAAAUGGGUCUAAUUUGUUGGGUUCUUCAGGAAGUGAUACUCAAGUUAAGGCAAUUGUUAGUAUUAAGAAGAAGAUUAGGCAGAGAUUAUUUGAUAAAGUUGAAGAUCAGUGGUUUAAUUUUUGUAAUAGUGUUGGUCAAGGGAUAUUUAUUCAGCUUAUAAGUGAAGAAACUGAUCCUGAUACUAAUUCAGGAAGGAGUGUAGAAGCUUAUGUGACUGGUUGGCCACCAAGUAGCUCAUCAGGAGAGUCCCACAUUGAUGAGUACAUUGCAAAUUUUACAGUUCCUUCCAAUUUUGGAAACCCUGGAGCUAUCCUUGUUACCAAUAACUACAAUAGAGAAUUCUACUUGGUAGAGAUAGUUCUUCAUGGAUUCAAUCAUGAACCUUUAUACUUCCCUGCGUAUUCAUGGAUCCACUCUAUUAAGGACAAUUCCCAAAACAGAAUCAUCUUCCGAAAUCAUACGUACUUACCAUCACAAACACCAUCGGGGAUCAGAGAUCUAAGGAGGGAGGACAUGAUCAGGCGGCGUGGAAAUGGAAAAGGCGAAAGAAAGUUGCAUGAAAUGAUCUAUGAUUAUGCUCCGUACAAUGAUUUGGGCAAUCCUGAUAAAGAAAACGACCUCUAUAGGCCCGCUCUUGUUGGUCCUGAACGACCUUAUCCAAGGCGCUGUCGCACUGGACGACCACCUAUGAAAUCUGACCCCGAAAGCGAAAGUAGAGUGGAGAAACCGCACCCAGUAUACGUUCCUCGUGAUGAAGCAUUCGAGGAGACAAAGCAGUCAGCAUUUGCAACAGGAAGGCUGAAAGCUGUUCUGCACAACCUAGUACCUCAGAUUUCUGCUGCAUUGUCUAGUUCAGAUACCCCGUUCAAUUGCUUUUCUGAUAUAGACAGCCUAUAUAUCAGUGGUUUUAUGAUAAAAGAUGACUCAGUUUCUGAAAAGAUUAAUAGCAUUACGCAAAUGCUAAGCGAGAGUACUAGGCUACUCAAAUAUGAUGUUCCUGCUGUUAUCAAAAGCGAUAGGUUUUCGUGGCUGAGGGAUAAUGAAUUUGCACGGCAGGCUUUAGCAGGAGUCAAUCCUGUGAACAUCGAGCUUCUUAAGGAAUUUCCCAUCACUAGCAAAUUGGAUCCAGCGGUGUAUGGCCCUCCGAAAUCUGGAAUCACCAAGGAAGUUCUCGAGGGAGAACUCGAUGGAAUGAGUGUCGAAAAGGUAACAUGUUUAUUAGUGCAAGCAUCAUCGUUUAAACCAAAUCGUUUUGGCUCUCUUUUCUUAUGGUGUGCUCGGCUCCUAUCAAUGCAGGCCAUUGAAGACAAGAGACUCUUCAUAAUUGAUUUUCAUGACCUCUUACUUCCGUUUGUCAACAAGAUAAACGAGUUGCGUGGGAGAAAAGCAUAUGCCUCUAGAACAAUUCUUUUCUACACUAAUAGCGGGACUUUAAAACCGGUAGCUAUUGAGCUUUCGCUUCCUCCCUCCAAUUCUCGCCCUGCGUUUAAUCGUGUUUAUACUCAUGGACAUGAUGCUACAAGCUAUUGGGUUUGGAAGUUGGCCAAAGCCCAUGUGUGUGCAGUUGAUGCUGGUGUGCAUCAAUUAAUAAAUCACUGGUUGAGGACUCAUGCUAGUAUGGAGGCUUACAUAAUUGCUACCAACAGACAGCUUAGCCAAAUGCAUCCUAUUUACAAGCUCCUGCAUCCGCAUAUGCGGUACACUAUGGAAAUUAACGCCCUUGCUCGACAGAGCUUGAUCAAUGGAGGGGGAAUCAUUGAAGCCACUUUCACCCCAGGAAAAUAUGCUAUGGAGAUCAGCUCUGCCGCCUAUAAGAGCAUGUGGCGGUUUGACAUGGAAGCUCUGCCAGCUGAUUUACUUCGAAGGGGAAUGGCAGAGGAGGAUCCGACAGCACCCUGUGGAGUAAAACUAGUGAUUGAAGAUUAUCCUUAUGCUGCGGAUGGACUUCUCAUAUGGUCGGCUAUUAGCGAAUGGGUUGAAUCCUAUGUUUCACACUUCUACCCGGACUCCAAUGCCAUCAUCUCGGAUGUUGAACUCCAAGAAUGGUGGAAAGAGAUCAAGAACGAAGGCCAUGCUGAUAAGAAGGAUGAACCUUGGUGGCCUAAACUCGAGUCCAAAGAUGACUUGUCUAGGAUACUAACCACAAUGAUUUGGGUUGCUUCUGGUCAACAUGCAGCUAUAAACUUUGGACAAUACCCUUUUGGAGGAUACGUUCCCAACCGUCCUACCCUCAUGCGAAAACUAAUCCCUCAAGAAAAUGAACCCGAGUAUGAGAUGUUCCUUCGAAACCCUCAAGCUUUGUUCCUCUCUUCUUUGCCCUCUAAGCUUCAAGCUACCAAAGUCAUGGCCGUCCAAGACACUUUGUCGACACAUUCCCCUGAUGAAGAGUAUCUCGGGCAGGAGCAUGGCCAUUGGACUGACGACCAACAGGUUAAAAUCAUGUUCGAGAAAUUCUCCUCGCUUUUGAAGAAGAUUGAAGAGACAAUUCAUCAAAGAAAUAAAGAUUCUAAUAUGAGGAAUAGGACUGGUGCUGGUGUCCCUCCAUAUGAGCUGCUUUUACCCACUUCUGGUCCGGGGGUCACUGGGCGUGGUAUCCCUAAUAGCAUUUCUAUUUAAACAAUCAAUACCACAAAUUCUUUCUUUACUACUACAAAAACAAAAUAAGAGAAAACACUUUGUAUUUUCUAUUAGCAAGCUUGACUUGCAAUGACUAAUCUAAGAUGUGAAAUGGGUCAAUUAGAUAGGGUUUGAUCUACUUGUACUCGGAGGAUGCAUCAUAUGUUUUUGUUUCGUUGAGGGUUAGAUAUUAUUUAAAUCUAUUGUCAUUUGCCGAUA